GCACCGCUGCAGCCAUGGCCGAGACGUGAAAUCUCGCACCAAUCUGAUCUCCACCUCACAGUCUCUCUCUCUCUUUCGCUUUUCCACUGCAAGUCCCUCACCGUCAAUCCAAUGUCCCAACUCACAGAUUCUCCCGAUAUUCUCUCCUCCGUCGCCAUUGGCUAAUCCUUUAUUUUUUCUCUUAAAUUUUCAACUCCUCAAGUCUCCGCCUCUCUGCAGACUUCAACCCCCACCACUGCUUCCUCUUCUUCAAUCUUCAACGUCGCCAUUUAGGGUUUUCCCAUGGCAAUUUCGUAAUUUCAUUCUCAAUGGCGGCCACUUCUAGCGGUUUAUCCGCUCACUUCCAUUUCAAGCUCACUCGCCUCCACAUUUCUCCGUUGCAUACUACUGUCUAUGGAUUGCAGCUCAGAAAGAAGAAGAAGAGGAGGACCGUCGGCGUCAGUCCAAUCACUUGCUGCAGCUCCGACUCUGUUGUUCCAAUUAGGAGCAUCGAGAAAAAUGAAGACAAGUCCUCUCAUAGAGUCCGUGUCCAAGCCACUCCAGCAUUGCCUUUUGCUUCUCCUCAGUCUCGAUUUGUUUCAAAACAAGAAAAGUUUUCUCCUCGUUGUACCCCAAGAAGUUCUGGUCCACAGUCCAGAGACACCCCACCAAAAAGAGACACUGGUAUUGCUAAUGAAAAGGACUGGGGCAUCAGCUUGUUGAAUGAAAAUGUUAAUGAAUCUGGCACUAAUGAAGAUGGUGGUACUUGGUACCGGGAAAGUGGAGAAGACAUGGGUGAAAAUGGGUACAGAUGUAGAUGGACAAGAAUGGGCGGACGAUCACAUGAUGAUACCUCAGAAUGGAAAGAAACGUGGUGGGAGAAAAGUGACUGGACUGGAUACAAAGAGCUAGGUGUGGAGAAAUCUGGAAGGAAUGCUGAGGGGGAUUCAUGGUGGGAGACCUGGCAAGAGGUGCUCCAUCAAGAUGAAUGGAGUAAUCUAGCAAGGAUAGAGAGGAGUGCACAGAAACAAGCGAAAUCAGGGACUGAAAAUGCUGGAUGGUAUGAGAAAUGGUGGGAGAAAUAUGAUGCUAAAGGCUGGACUGAGAAGGGGGCACAUAAGUAUGGAAGACUAAAUGAGCAGUCAUGGUGGGAGAAGUGGGGAGAGCAUUACGAUGGAAGAGGAUCUGUUCUCAAAUGGACAGAUAAAUGGGCUGAGACUGAGUUAGGAACCAAAUGGGGUGACAAGUGGGAAGAGAAGUUCUUUGCUGGUAUAGGUUCUCGUCAGGGUGAGACAUGGCAUGUUUCUCCAAGUGGUGAACGUUGGUCAAGGACAUGGGGAGAGGAACAUUUUGGAAAUGGCAAAGUCCACAAAUAUGGAAAGAGCACAACAGGUGAAAGCUGGGAUAUUGUUGUGGACGAGGAAACCUAUUAUGAGGCUGAACCUCAUUACGGAUGGGCUGAUGUUGUGGGUGAUUCAACCCAGUUGCUAUCAAUUAAACCUACGGAGAGACCACCAGGAGUCUACCCAAAUCUUGAUUUUGGGUCAUCUCCUCCAUCUUCAACCUAUGAUGAUUCCUCAGACUUGCCUCCCUCUCCACAAUGAAGAGCUGAUUUUCACUCUCUAUAUUUUGCUUUAGGUGAUUUCAUAUCUGAUCUAAAUCCAAUCCCAUUUUAAGUUGUCUUGUAACAGAAUGUUGUGAAUUACUUUUUCAUUUGUUCAUUCUUUGGAUGGUAAAUGCAAUCAUUUCAGGCUGUGGUAAAUAUCGGACAUCACCUCAGAUUCUUAUUUAAUUUCUAGCUGCUCAUGUAGAUUGGAGUUUGUGGUA